AAAAAUGAGAAACCGCUCUGGGCCAGGGAAGGAGGAGAAAAAUCACAGCGUCCUGCCUCCUCGCCCCCACCACACCCCUGCAGCUGGCCCCAGUGGGACCCAGAUGGGCUUGAGCCUGCGCAGAGUCCUGGGGGCACACAGUGCAGCCCUGCACUAGCCUGUCCUAGACCCCCCGGGGAGCCGCCGCCUCCCAGGCCUCUCUGCUGCUCCGACGCGGGAUCGGCGUCCGUAGAAGGACAUUCUGAGCGAUUGCCUAGUGACACAGGAGCGGGCCCCGCGGGGCCAGCAUGUGACCCGGAGCUAACGGACCCCGCCCCGCCCAGGAAGACAGGACACAGGCCCAAGGGAGACGCUUUCCAAGAAAACCCCUCUGAGGGCAGCAGGGGCCCGGGGUCAGGAGUCCGGAGCGAGAGUGGCCAAUGCCCAGUCUCUGCACUUGUGCCCGAUGGGACAGCGGCCCGCGGCCAGGAGGGCACGAGGGAGAGAAACCAGUGGAGCCCCCUUGGCCGCCCUCCGUGCCCCACGCCGGCCGCGCAGGCAAGUCUGCAGCGUGACUGCCCUUGUGGAGACGACAGCCGGAGGAGCGCAGACAGGAGGGACGCCCGGUCCGUCAGGAAACAUGCGGUUGGACCUCUGGCUUGCGGGUUCGAGCCUCGCGCUGGGUGUGGAGAUGACUUCAGAUCUUCUUUAAAAAGGAAAAAAACCCUGGGAAGAAAGGUGCCUCCCCAAGUGGCUUCAGCUGCUGGAAACCUCAGCAGCUCACCACAGCCCUCGGAAAAAUGCCUGUCAAGGCCCGCUCCGCCUGCCAGCUCCCAGCUUCACGUGAGCGCCAAGGUCCUCCUGUGUCCUGUCCACUGCUCCUCAAGGCUCAGCCACAGCUGUGCCCCAGGGCCUUGGCACUUGCUUUUCUCUCUAGGUAUCUGCAAGGCUCACUGCUAUGAGCCUUCACUCGUUCACGGCACCACCUCAGCGAGGCCUGCCCAGCCACGACACUGGCUGCUCUUUGCCCGGUUUUCUCCCGUGCUUCCUCCCGACCCGGCUGCCAGGUCCCUCCAUCAGGACAGAAGCUCCCCAAGGACAGAGGCUCCUGUUCACAUCGAACCCCCAGAGCAGCUCAGCUUCCGCCCAGCAGCCACGCUCAGCAGCCAAACUGUGGAAAGCCUAGAUGUCCAUCGACAGACGAAUGGCUGAAGAUGUGGUGUCUGUGUACACACGGACGGACGGACACACACACACCAGAGUAUUACGUACCCAUCGAAGAAACAAAACAAAACCAACCCCCGAAAUCUUGCCAUUUGCACCGACGUGGCUGGAACUAGAGGGUAUGACGCUGAGUGGAGUAAGUCAGUCAGAGAAAGACAGUUCUCACGCAGUCUCCCUGACAGGAGGAACUCGAGCAACAAGACGGGCUCGUGGGGCGGGGAGGGGAAAGUGAAGACGAAACCGGAGAGAAGACAAACCGUAAGAGACUCCUCAUCUCAGGAAACCAGCGGAGGGUUGCUGGAGGAGAGGGGGUGGGGGCUGCAGGGGUGGACGUCAGGGACGGACGUCAGGGAGGGCGUGUGCCAUGGUGAGCGCUGAGUUGUAUGAGACGGAUGACUCACACCUGUGCCCCUGGACCAAAUAACACAUUCUGUGUUAACCAUGAUAAUAAAAAGACGCCACUUA